CCAGGCUCUCGCAGGGCUUUCUCUUUCGCGUGCACGCAGCCAUGGACUUCUUCUCAUCCUCUAAGUGCAAGAGAUCGAAUUCCGAGAUCGAUCUCUUGAAGUUCUACUGGCCAAAGCCAACUGAAACAAAGACUGAAGAAGAAAAGGCUAAACUGCUAACGUUUGAAGAACUGUGCACUGCUUCUGAUUUCCUAAGCGGCCCUCCUCGUCCUCCUGGUGAAUGUACCUUUUGUUUAAAGGUAGAUGAACACUAUACGGGAGGAUGCCCAUACAAGGAUAGUGUCCCAAAGGGGGCACCUGUGGGCAAAUAUUGUGUUGUCCUUUGUAAGGUGUGUGGAGACAUCUUUGAGGGCUUCUGUUGCGGACGAGAUGAAGGACGUGCGAUUCUUGACCCGUUUGCAUUAUUAGACUCGAGAUGAAGGAACCAAGGUGUCUGGAUUUCGUCCUACUUGAAGAUGUCUUUUCCUUUUUUUAUUUAUUAUUAUUUUUACUUAUCGAAAGCAAGCACAAUGUCGUGGACAUUGACCUUUUGGUUUAAAGGCCCAACAAACCUUAAUAUUUCUGAAUAAGGCAAUGCCAUCUUACGCAUUAUUCCAUAUUUUCUGUUUGUAAUUGAUCACUGUUUGAGUUUAAGACCCCUCUAGUUAGUUGCUAGUGCUGACAGUGGAGGAGUUUCUGCAGAUGGCAAUAAAAAUGUA